UUUGGGGGCAAUUUUUGGCGCGGGUUCACCCUAAAGUCCGAAAACUACAGCGCUCCCCUUCCUCUUCCUCGCCUCCGCUACACAACGCAUCGCCGCCGCUACAGCUAGGGCACGGGCUCCCGGCUUCCCCGGCGAUCCCCGGAUUGGGCUAUUACAGUUCCUCCUACCCAAUCCCGACCCAGUGGGGCUCUAGAGAUUCCGCCGUGCUCCACUCCUCCGCGGCGCCGUAUCAGUGUCUGCUUGCGACCCCCCCCAGCCCCCAGCAGCCUCUGAUGCGCUCGAAGCCAUCCCUCAACCCCGUCCGCUAUUUAGGUUUCUGAGAAAUUUUGGGCGUGCUGGUGCAGACCUGCCACACCAUCUAGAUCUGCCCCUGCUUCGGACCAUAACCAUCAUCUUGGCUGAUUUUCUCCAGUUCACUGGACCUGACAGUCAAGAGCCUCUUGUUUGUAUUUGAGAGCUGAUGCUGUUCAUAUACUCUCUGGGAUUGUUUUAAAGGGAACUGAAAGCAAAUCCGGGUUCUUAUAUAGCAUUCAGUUCGCAGCAUUUUAUUUGACGGCUUGUGGUUUUCGGGAGCAGUAUUAUGGAGUGCAAUAGAGAAGAGGCCUCCAAGGCCAGGGAAAUUGCUCUGAAAAAGUUAGAAAACAAAGACUACGUUGGUGCCAAAAGGAUGGCACUGAAAGCACAAAGGAUUUUUCCAGAGCUUGAGAAUUUAUCCCAGCUGUUGACUGUCUGUGAAGUACAUUGUGCAGUGGAGGCAAAGAUAAAUGGUUUAUUGGACUAUUACGGAAUUCUCCAAGUGGAGGUAACGGCUGAUGGGGCAACCAUAAAAAAGCAAUACCGAAAGCUUGCCAUUUCACUUCACCCUGAUAAAAACCAUUUCCCUGGUGCAGAGGCUGCAUUUGUAUUAGUUGCAGAAGCUUACUCAACAUUGUCUGAUCAGAUAAAAAGACCUGCAUAUGACAUCAAGUGCAGGGUGGCUUCUAGAAUCGCACCAAAGCAAGGUACACAACCAAAGCAAGGUAUACCUAAGCAGGGUACAAAACCAAAACAGGCUGCAGUACCAAAGCAGGCGACAGAACCAAAGCAGACUACAGAACCGAUGACGAAAACUAAUGCAAGUAGAGGUAGUGUACCAGGAUGUGGACCAUCAAUUCCAUCAACUACUGCUGGACAGGCAAUCUGGACCAUGUGCAUUUACUGUAGAACAAAAUAUCAGUACUACAUCGAUGUACUAAAUCAUCGCAUCCGCUGUCAGAACUGCAGUAAAUAUUUUGUUGCAUUUAAGCUAAAGGAGCAUGAUCUGCCUACAAAGUUCUCUUCUGGGUUGAAGAGUAAUGUGAAACCCCGGGCACAUGGAGCACAAAAUGAUGAGUGCAUGAAAAGUGCCACUGCAGAUGGUGAGGAGAAGGUUAACCAUGCAGAGGCAGGUGGAAAAAGGGGUGUUGAACGUCCAACAGGGAAUCUGUCUGAAUCUUCUAAACCAUGUGCAAAUGACAAGGCAGAUGGAAGGAUGGCAUCUGACCCUGCUGAUCCAGAUCUUUCUGAUAGGCAAGACCCAUGUAGUAGGGUAGUAGAUACAUCAGCAGAGCCAGAUACUGCUGGGAACCCUAAUGGCCAGAAAUCAGCUAAGAGAAAGGCAAACCCUGAUGCCAAUAUCCGGGAUUCUCCUAGCCAAAAGAGGCGAACAAUAAAAGAUUGGUUUUCAAAUGCUGGCUCUAGCUGUAAGAAAAUGUCUGAUGGCAAUGUUGCUCCUGCUGAUGUAAAAACUAGUGAACCUCAUGUCUCUAGCAAAGCACACCACCAAGAGAACGGAAGUACUGCCAGUGUAGGCAACAAGGAUAACAUCAAGAAAGAAUUUAAUUGUGAUGCAGCUUCUGCAAAGAAACCUUGCAAUUCAGUGGAACUUUCCUAUCCUGACCCGGAUUUUUUUGACUUUGAGAAAUGCAGGGAUGUCAAUUUGUUUGCAGUUGAUCAGAUCUGGGCACUUUAUGAUGACCGUGAUGGCAUGCCACGGUAUUAUGCUCGAAUAAGGCGUGUAGAUGCUACCAACUUCAAAGUUCAGUUCACCUGGCUGGAACACAAUGCAAUGAAUGAGGAAGAGGACAAAUGGACUGAUGAAGAACUGCCUGUUGCUUGUGGUCAGUUCAUAUUAGGAAAAACAGAGGUGUCCACAGAUGUCCAAAUAUUUUCUCAUAUUGUUCCAUGUGCGAAAGGCAGAAAAAGGAGCACAUAUGAAAUAUAUCCCAGGAAGGGUGAGGCAUGGGCUCUUUAUAAGGGUUGGAGUAUGCAGUGGAGCUCAGAUGCAGAUAACCACAGAACAUAUGAGUAUGACCUUGUGGAGAUCCUUUCAGAUUUCACAAUGGAAGCUGGAGUUUCUGUUGCCCCCUUGGUCAAGAUUAAAGGAUUUGUCAGUCUGUUUGCAGAACUAAUUGACCAACCAUCAUUUGUUAUACCAGCGAGUGAACUGCUCCGAUUCUCUCACAAUAUCCCAUUUUAUAGAACAAAAGGAAAUGAAAAGGUGGGUGUAGCAGGUGGGUUUCUUGAACUAGAUACCGUGUCACUUCCUAGUAACCUGGACACAGCAUUUCCAUCAGUUACUCUCGAUACUUGCACGCCUAUUGACAAGACAAUGGACAGUGGCUUCAUUAAUACGGGUGGUAUUAGUACACUGGAUCCUGGAAAUGAGCAAAGUGCUAAAAAAGAAAAUAAGAAAAGUGGAGGAAAACGGAUAGAUGAUUCCCUUGAACGAACCCCAAAACAGCAACAGAAUGCCUGUAAUACCACUGUGGAUGGUUCUUCCUCUCAGGAGUUCUGCACCUCUCCAGGUGCUUAUGCAGCAUAUCCAGACUCAGAAUUUUGUAACUUUGAAGAACUGCGAUCAUAUAAUAAGUUUGAACGUGGCCAGAUAUGGGCUCUCUACAGUGAUCUUGACAAAUUUCCAAAGUAUUAUGGUUGGGUGACCAAAGUUGAUAUAAAACCAUUCAAACUGCACUUGACUUGGCUCGAAGUUUGUCCUCAACUGGAGCAAGAGAAGAUGUGGUCACAGGAUGAUAUAGCUGUGAGCUGUGGGACAUUUCAACUCUGCAACUGGAGGAUCACGUAUGACACAAAUGAUGCAUUCUCUCAUUUAGUAGAAACUAGCCAAGUUAACUCAAAACAGUUUGAAAUUCACCCACGAGUAGGGGAAAUCUGGGCCAUCUACAACAACUGGGCACCUGAUUGGGUUCCUUCCAGCAGUGAUGCUUGUGAAUACGCCAUUGGUGAGAUUACUGAGCGCACUGAAGCCAGCACAAAAUUCUUAUUUCUGACUCAAGUAGAUGGAUUCAGAGUUGUGUUCAGACCUGACAUUGGAAAGGGUAUUCUAGAGAUACCUGUAAAUGAGAACUUGAGGUUUUCUCACCGUAUACCUUCUUUCCGUCUGACAGAAGAAAAAGGUGGCAGACUCCGUGGCUUCUAUGAACUAGACCCAGCUUCUGUUCCUGAUGCUUUCCUGUUCCGAGGCACUUGCUGACUGGUAGACAUCGAUGCUGACUGUUCUGAAGCUAGUAACUCUAAGUUGCUUCCAAUUAAAUCAACUAGUCAUCUAGUCAGUCAUGUUCUUCUAUGAUGUUUACAACUCUGAUGCCUGCAAUGUGGUUAUCAAUUACUUUGGAAGUGUUUUGUCUGUAGCAAUGGACAAAAUGAUCUAUUAGGCCCUCUGUGUCCUCUCGAUUUGUUAUGAGCUUCAUGUUCAUCUCAGACCUCCAACACUUUACUGUAGUUCUAGUGCCUAGCAUUAUUUUGUUCUGGAACUUAUGUAAGCUGGAAGAACCUUAUGGUUGCAAGUUAUGCGGCAUUGAGGUUGCUGCUUUCUGUUGUGUUUGUGGCAUCUGCGACCAUGGUUUGGUAGAUGCUUAUUCUGUUUGUCUUCA